AUGGACGAUGAGGGACUAUUCUACGGGCGCUGGGCGACGAAGACUAAAACGCUACAAGGACAUCCUGAAGAACUUUCUCAAGCACGUAGCAAUAAACCCGAGAUCUGGGAGGGCUUCGCCCUGGACCGGUUGGUCUGGAAAAGGGCAGUAAUGACUGGAGUGUUUGUUUACGAAGAUAACCUGACCGCGGCUGCCAAAGCCAAAAGAGCUACUCGCAAGUCCCGAGCGCCUCCGAUUCACAACUCAAUCUCUUCCAACAUGCUUUCGCUGCCAACUCACAGUCCGCGCGCGGAUCGACCCGUCGGACAUCUCCGGACCCAGUGCAAUAACAACCCAACAACCCCACCGGCUGCCUGCUCGAGCACCUCCAUCUUCACGCCUGCAUCAGCCCCCACCGCUUUCACGCCGGCGACCACCCCCACCACCCGUGAUCCCACUCCUGAUGACCCGCCGCCAUCGACCACCAUCAAUACCGGCUUCAUCAUCCCUGCUAAAACCCCUGAGGCGACGAUUACCAACUCUCCCACUUUCCUGUGA